CAAUCAGUCGUCGAUCGCUGGCACGACGAAUCGUUGGUUUUGUGCUUUUGUAUUUUGAAAAAUUAAACAUGUGGAUCAAUUUGGUCCUCGUCUACGGCUGUUUGAUGCUGUCCGUCGCUCAGUCUGACACGGAUGUUGAACAAACAGAGGAAUUCUUGUUACAAGCUCUCGACGAAGGCACAGAUAUAGAAAGGGAUAAAACACGUAGUCUUGAAAAAUUUAAGCCAUGUGACCACGAAGACGGCGAGGAUGCAAGAUGUGUAAAGAAAUCUCUGUGUGAUGAGAAUGCACCCCCCCUUGAUCCCACCACGACCUUUAUCUAUAGAGAAAUGGUGGAAGGUGGUUGCACUUACCUACAGACCUGUUGUCCUGAACAUAAAAUAAGGACUGAACCAAAGAAACUCAAAGCGGCGAAGAAACGAGGCUGUGGAUACAGCAACCCUGGGGCGAACGUCCUCCGAGAACUGGCGACUAAAAAUGGAUACGCGGAUUAUGGCGAUUUUCCAUGGAUGGUCGUUGUUAUGAAAAAGGGCGUACCCAAGGAGAAGUUUGAUGAAGCGUACAUCGGCGGGGGAACCCUAAUAGAUCCGUCUAUUGUACUAACUGUAGCCCAUAAAGUGGACGAAAUUAGCGCUUCAGAGGUGAUGUGUCGCGCUGGGGAGUGGGAUACAAAGUCAGAGGAUGAAGCAUUUAAGCAUCAGGACAGAGAAGUGAAGCAGAUCAUUAUACAUAACGAAUAUUUGAGACAACACGCUCGAAACGACGUGGCGCUGAUCAUACUGGAGGAGCCGUUCGAUUUGGACGCAGCUCCUCACAUUGGUGUGGCGUGUCUCGAGAAAAAACUACCCAGACCUGGAACUGAGUGCUUCAGCAUGGGCUGGGGCAAAGACUUUUUAAAUGGCGAUAAAUAUGCUUCUAUUCUUAAAAAGUUGAAACUACCGCUGGUCGCUGCUCACAGAUGUCAGAAUCUCUAUCGGAACAGCCAGCUGGGUCAAUCGUACAGCUUGCACAAGAGUCUCACGUGCGCUGGGGGGGAGGCAAACGUCGAUACUUGCAUCGGAGACGGCGGCUCAUCACUCGUAUGCCCUAUCCCUGAUAAAUCCGACUUACGAUAUUCCGUAGUCGGCAUGGUCGCUUAUGGACUCGGAUGCGGUGCAGAGAAUUUGCCGGGAGUCUAUGUUAAAAUACCGGAAGUAUACGAUUGGGUGUUUAAAGAAACUGUUUUACAAGGAUUUACUGAUAAGUUAUUUGUAAGAUAGAAUACAUUUUGUACCAAUAAAUAUUAUGAACAAAAUUA